AUGCAACAGACCAUCAAUGGCAAUGCCAGCUAUCUUUAUCCAUACAUACCGGAGGAAUGGAUCAUCGAACAACAAUCCAAUUUGAACUUCACCCCUUUCGACUUCAUUUCCCCUUUGGACAUGACCUUUGACGAGGCCUUGACUGUUUUCCUGCUUGCGGCUGGUAACAUAACGAGCAAUUGUACCUUGACAGCUUCUUGGUACCAUUCACAUAACCUCCAAUCUGGUGGUCACGGAAACCUAAGCUCUGAAUCUCCGUCAGAUGCGCAAGAUAUGGCUUUCAUGCAUUUGGCAGCGCCCGAGCUGGUGGACGCCUACUCCUCUUGGGUAGACAGAAUCCUUGAAAAUCCAUCAGGCAUGACUGGCUCCAUGGUCAUAUACACUGCACUUGCGAAUACUACGGCAUCCGGAGGCGACGCCGUUCUCAACGUAACGAGACCAGCAAUCGAGCUCCAUUGCCUUUCGAGACAGCUCGCAGAUACAUAUACCUGGGAAACACAAGACAACUGCACUGCGGAACUGAACCGCUGGUUACCACCCGGAUUUGAAGAAAUCGAUGCAUUAUUCAACAUCCGGGCCGCAUUUGCGGCAUUGCCAGAACAGUACCAAGACAUAUCCAUUCAGACUUUUUGGGGCUGGUAUAACCUUCAAAACGUUCUCACUGCAGGCGAAAUAUAUACCAGAAAGAAACAGUGUUAUCAGACAGUAUGUUCUGACCUACAAAAUUCGGGCAAUCCGGACAUCGCCGGUGUUGGGAUGUUUGUCUCUUACAUCAUUGAAGCGAUUUUGGCCACUUUCAUAAUCCUACAGACAUGUUGGCAUAACUGGAAACAUCGGGAAAUUCCACUGGAAAAUACCAGCGACAUUAAAACUCAACCAAACUUCGUCGGAGUCGCCAAUGCCUUUUUGAACACUGGUAUCGUACUACUGCUAUCGCUCGCCGUCGCUUUACUGGCCGUAGGAUCCCGUGAAACAAUCUUCUACAACGGAAUAGUCACCCAAAUGGCCUGUUUCUUCGCUGCUAGUGCUGUCAUUGCAGUUGCUUCUGUGCCGCGUCGCGGCUGCAGCAGAAGUCCUAUCUUCUGGAUCAUUCUACUGUUUUCGACCCUCAUGUCAACAAUAUCCAUGAACCUGGCAGGUCAGCUCAACACCGAAUUUGGCGACCCCUUACAUGCCUUGUCAGAUACUUCUCCUGACUACCUCGACAUCAUGCUUUAUCCAUUGUUGAUCCCUCACCUAAACUAUUCUAUCGGUGCAUCUGAGUUUCUAAGUGUUCAAAAGGCCAUGGGAGCAUACUACACGGAAGCCGCUUUGGGCUACGGGCAAGUCUUAUCUCUCUUCAUGUGGGCGCCUGUUUUCGGCAUGCUUCUGCAGCUAGGGGCGAAGAGAUUGCCCAAAACCGUCAAAGAUCGGUAUUCCGACCUACCCAAACUUCCUAUUUGGUACCACACGGAAAAGGCACCACCCAUAUACGCUGCCCAGUCACAAAAUAGUAUCCCGCUCCUAGAGAUACCCACGCCCCGUACAUCUCCUAGGCCAGGCUCCGUGGCUCACUCAUCUGAGGUUCCUCCACUGGAUCAACUCCCUCCUCUCGAUUCUUCCGAUGCCAGCAGAUUUAAAGUUUAUCGUGGUGACGGCCUACGUAUCAGUACCUUCUAG